CUGCAGCAGCAUCAUCCGUGUCCUGGAGACGAUGAUGAUGAUAAUGGCUCCAGUCCUGCGCGGGGGCGCGCUCCUGCUCUCGGUGCUCGUGCACGCGGCGGCGGCCGCGAGCCUCAACGACACGACUUUUGCAGUGACUAUCAGCUCCUCCCUGAUUGGAGGGAGCCAGGAGACGUUGUGUGCCCUGGUCCAGAACCCUACGGAGCCCGUCACCCUGAACAUCGCCCUGGAGAUGGAGCCGACCAGCGGCGAGAUCGUGGACCAGUCGGUCAAGCAGGACUUCUACAGCUGCUUCAAGUUCCAGGUUCCUACCGUGGUCAAGGAAACCGUGGCGACCGUGAAUGUCACCAUCCGGGGUGAGAGCGGCAUUCUGAACAAGAAGAGCAAAGUCCUGAUUGCACCUCCGUCUUUUAUCCACAUCGUCCAGACCGACAAACCCAUCUACAAACCGGGACAAACUGUCCAGUUCCGGAUUGUCUCCAUGGAUACCAGCUUCAUCCCUGUGGACCGCGUGUACAAAGAGGUGACUCUCACGGGUCCCGGUUCCAACCGCAUCGCCCAGUGGCUGGAUAAGGCCAUCGUCAACGGCAUCCUCGACCUCGCACAUCCCACAAUCCCCGAAGCUGACCAAGGGAGGUACUACAUCACUGCCAUGACCAACAAAGGAGAGAUGAUAUAUCACGGAUUUGACAUCAAGGAAUAUGUUCUGCCAACGUUUGAAGUAAACAUGCACCUGCCUGAAGUGAUAAGCAUCCUGGAUAAGGACGCCACGAUGAGGAUCUGUGGAAAAUACACAUACGGGAAACCAGUUCUGGGUUCAGUGAGAGCAGAGUUUUGUAGACAUAUCGUCGUGCAUUACUGGACAUCACCAUCUCAUCCGGGAGACAUCUGCAAGACUUUCCAGCUGAAGACGGAUACGAGUGGAUGUGCCACACAGGUGGUGGACCUGGCCGACUUCCACCUCCACAAGAAGCGCUACUACGACCAUUUUCUCGUGUCUGCUGAACUGGUGGAGGACGGCACCGGGGUCAUUCUUGAAGCCUCUGGGAAGAUCACCAUCACCAGUCAGAUAAGAACUGUCACCUUCCAGGAUGUACCUGAAGCGUACAAGCCCGGCCUCCCGUUUGACGGAAAGGUGAAAAUGGUCGGUCCAGACAGCAAACCUGUUUUCAAUGAGACGAUCUACCUGUUCGUUGUAAACAACGGAACCACUGACACGUUGAUGUUCACCACAGACCUGCGAGGCAUCGCUCUGUUUUCUCUGGACACCUCCCUGUGGACACAUGGCAUAUCUUUGACGGCGCACUCUAAAAGCACGUUGGAUGACGGACCAAAAAACUACGAAGUGCGGAAACCGGAUUAUGACCGGGCCUCCCAUUCCGUCACAGAGUUUUACUCCAAGAGCAGGAGUUUCCUGAAGCUCCUGCAGGUGGGCGAGGCGUUGGCCUGCGACAGAGACGCAGCGCUGCAGGCUCAGUACAUCAUCCAGGGGGAGGAGCUGAAGGACGGACAGGAGACCCUUGACUUCUUCUUCCUGGUUGUGUCCAAAGGUGCGAUCGUGCAGCACGGCAGUAUCCCAGCUGACGUCAAAGCAGGAAAAGUCAACCGAGGAGAGCUGACCAUAUCCCUGGGCCAGGUGACCAAGCUGGCGCCGAUCGCCCAGGUGGUGGUUUACACGGUGAUGCCCGGCGGAGAGGCGGUGGCCGACAGCAAGGACUUCCCCGUCCAGCGGUGCCUCAGCAACAAGGUGUCCAUGAAGUUCUCCUCCGUCCAGACGCUUCCAGGAAGCUCGGUCAAGCUGACCCUGGAGGCGCAGCCGAGGUCCCUGUGCUCCGUCCGAGCCAUCGACCAGAGCGUCCUGCUGCUGCAUCCAGAGAAGGAGCUCACCGUCGACCACGUGUUCAACCAGCUGAGUGUCAAGAAGAUGUCGGGAUACCGCUACAUGGUCGAAGACUCUGACAGGUAUCCCUGCUUGAUGGACCUAUUUUCAUUUGUUCCUGACCCUGUGCCGGCACUUGAACCUCGGCGGGAACUUGAACCUCUGCGGGAACUUGAACCUCUGCGGGAACGUGAACCUCUGCGGGAACUUGAACCUCUGCAGAUAGUUAAAUUUCUGCCGGUUCUUGAACUGCCAGAACUUGAACCUCUGCCGGAAGUUGAAGCAGUGACUGAAGUGGUACCUGAACUAGACGUUCCACCAGCAGACAAACCCCGGGCAAAGCGUUCCUUCUACAGGAACUACAGGAACGAUAAGAAGGAUGAUGUCUACAGCGUCUUCAAAGAAAUCGGAGUAAAAAUGAUCACAAACUCUGAUGUGAAAAGGCCUAUUGGUUGCUUUUCCGUUGAAGUUUCUCACCAUGUUACGUACGCUGCUUUGCCUGGUGGAGGAGGUCGGCGUGGAAAUACUAAGGAGACUAAGGAGACUAUUAGAAAAUACUUCCCUGAGACCUGGAUUUGGGACCUGGUAUCUAUAGGAGACAACGGGUCAGCGAACGUGGACAAGACGGUACCAGACACCAUCACCAAGUGGGCGGGCGGGGCCUUCUGCAUCUCCCCCGCGGGCUUCGGCAUGGCCCCCAGCGUGGGCCUCACCACCUUCCAGCCGUUCUUCGUCAGGCUCACGCUGCCCUACUCCGUCAUCAGAGGGGAGGUGUUCACGCUCAAGGCCACCGUCUUCAACUACCUCUCCUCCUGCGUCCGGGUGAGGGUGACGCUGGCCGACUCGGAUCAGUACACCGUCAAAAGCUGCGACGACUGCCUCUACGAAGAGUGUCUGUGCGGAGACGAGAGCAAGACCUUCUCCUGGGCCGUGACUCCAACUGAAAUCGGAAGUGCCAGUCUGAAGGUCAGCGCAGAGGCCCUCGACUCUGUCCAGCUGUGUGGCAACGAGGUGGUCACCGUCCCCGACGUGGGCCGGAUCGACACAGUGAUCCGCACGCUGCUGGUGGAGGCUGAGGGGACGCCACAGAUGGUCAGUCACAACGCUCUGCUGUGCCCUCAAGAUGGACCCGUGCAGAAGAGCAUCUCCCUCCAGCUGCCUGAGGAGUUCAUCGCUGGAUCUGCCCGGGCCUCCGUCUCCGUGCUGGGUGACCUGAUGGGCCGGGCCAUGAAGAACCUGGACAAGCUCCUGGCCAUGCCGUACGGCUGCGGGGAGCAGAACAUGGUGCUGUUCGCCCCCAACAUCUUCAUCCUCAACUACCUACAGAGCACCGGCCAGCUGACCGACGCCAUCCUGACGAGGGCCAAGAACUUCCUGGAGAGCGGGUAUCAGCGGGAGCUCAGGUACAAGCACGACGACGGCUCCUACAGCGCCUUCGGGAAAAGCGACGACACUGGAAACACCUGGCUGACAGCUUUUGUGAUGAAGUCCUUCGGUGGGGCGAGACCGUACAUCUUUGUGGACGACAAGCACAUCAAUGUUGCCAGGGACUGGCUGACUGGACUCCAGAAACCGGACGGCUGCGUCGCGUCCGUGGGGAAGCUCUUCCACAACGAGAUGAAGGGCGGAAUCAGUGACGACGUGUCCCUGACGGCCUACGUCACCGCUGGCCUGCUGGAGCUGGACGGGAACACCACCGUGGAGGAGGUGCAGAAGGGCCUGGGAUGUCUGAAAGCGGCGGUCACCACACAGAUGGACAACCUGUACACCACCGCCCUGUUCUCCUACACCUUCACCCUUGCCGGAGACGAGGAAAUGAGGAGCAAGCUCAUCACCUACCUGCACCAGAAGUCCACCAUAGAGGGAGGAACCCGUCACUGGCAGAGGGAUGGCGCUUCCAAGAAGCGACUGGACUCUCUGGAGGUGGAGAUGACGUCCUACGUGCUGCUGGCGCUGCUGUCCGGCCCGGUGCUGCCGGGAUUCGGUUUGGAUUACGCCACAAGCAUCGUCCGCUGGCUCACGCAGCAGCAGAACCCGUACGGUGGCUUCUCCUCCACACAGGACACGGUCGUGGCCCUCCAGGCGCUGGCCAAGUACGGCGCUGCCACCUACAGUCCAGACGGCCUCACUACGGUGAAGGUCACGUCUGCAGGGGGCUUGAACUUAGGGUUUGUGGUGCGGGAGGACAACAGGCUGCUGUAUCAGGAGGAAAAGCUGAGCGAGAUCCCUGGAGAGUAUGUCAUCAGAGCCGAGGGACAGAGCUGCGUGAUGGCGCAGAUCUCCAUGCAUUACAACAUCCCGCCUCCUGCCGACUUCUCCGCCUUCCAGAUCUCCACCAGCGUCGAGGCGCAGUGUGACGCCACCCGUCCACAGCUCAGGCUCUCCGUCACCGUCAAGUACCAGGGAAGGAGAGAUGAGACCAACAUGGUCCUGAUCAACAUCAAGCUGCUGUCCGGAUACGUCCUGGACAAGAAGUCCCUCGACCUGCUGCAGCGCAAGCUCUUGGUGAAGCGCGUGGACGCGGGAGAAGGACUCAUGGACAUCUACUUGGACGGGCUGAAGAAGGACGAGACCGAGACCUUCAGCGUGACUCUGGAGGAGGACCAGAAGGUCCGGAACCUGAAAGCCGCCGUGGUCAAAGUGUACGACUACUACCAGACGAGCGAUGAAGCCGUGGCCGAGUACAACUCCCCCUGCGCAGAGAGUGACAGCGUCAACGAACUGUGAAUCCACUUCCUGUGCCGCUCCGGCGAGAACAAGCUGCUGGAGAAACCGACGUCCAGGAGCCAGAUGCAUGAAACUCUGCAGCUAUUUUAUCUGCGGUGAUUGAUGUUUCUGAGCCAGCGUACCGAGGGGUGGAACCCUCAUCUGGUAGUUUUAGGGACUUUUUAUAUUCUUUUUAUUGUGAAUUUAUGGUAGUCGGUAUCAGUUCCUGUCACGUGUCAUCAUUGUCUCUGCUGGUCUGUGAAUGGGCGGAAACAGUCCUGCUGGACUUAAGGACCAGAACCGCUUCAGUCCCGUCGGUCAGCUCUGCUGCGGCGGCGAGGGGGAGCGAGCUGAUCGGGACGAGGCGUUCAUAAGCUCUCAUCACACUGGUCUUUCCAGAUCCACCCCCACCCAACUCCCCGGGCCCCAGACCCUCAUCCCCCUGGACUUCUCCGGAUCAGUGACCCCCCCAGCUCAUGUCAGAGAUCGGAAGGAUCCGGCGGACUCAAGGAAACCAGCCCAAACUCUGUGAUAGUCGUUAAUAGAUGGGACAAAAAUCCACAUGUUCAUACAUGACAGUGACACACGAGACAGACGGUUCCAGUUACAGGAUGGUCCGAGUGCCGAUUGUGAGUCUGUUUUGUGUCUGACAAAGAAAAAAAAACGAGUUGUGUGGGUGGUGGUGGGUUAUGUAUCUGCAGACAUUUGUUGUACCGUGAAGUGUAGGUACUGUUUUAAAUCCGACAAUAAAAGCUCUAAAA